AUGGGAAUGGAUCUGUACAACAGCUCGUCUGCUGCUCGUGCGGUCUGGAAAGGAGAUGCACACUUGCUCACCGUGUACAGCUUUUCUAUCGUUGAGAUUGUCAAGGACAACCCAGAGGAGAAGACCAUCCACUUUGGUGCGGUACUGGACAUGGCCUAUGACACGAUGGACAAGGACGGCGUUGUCAACACUCAUCCCUUCUUUGCACAUAUUUGCACUGCAAAAUACACUUUCAGCCACCCCCAUGGUCUCCUUUUCGCUACUCAAUUCACACAGAUUGCACUCGUCGUCACUGAGCAAGCUACAUUCAAAUAUAUGCGAGCUAAGGGCUUCGUCCAGAAGGACUGCGCAUCUGCCGGACAUUCACUUGGUGAAUAUUCUGCACUUGCCUCCAUGGUUGAUGUCCUCCAUAUAUCCGCUCUUGUUGAUGUCAUUUUCUACCGUGGUAUCAUGGUGCAGCGUGCCAUCGAGCAUGAUGCUCACAGCUGCUCCAACUAUGCUAUGUGUGCUGUCAUUGACACCAUUUCUACGUGUAUGACUAUGUUGCUUGAAAUAGACAACUACAAUGUCAAGGGUCAGCAAUAUGUUUGUGCUGGAGAGCUACUUGCUCUGCAGACAAUGACCAAUGUCUUGAACUACCUGAAGGUUCUGAAGAUCAAUAUCCACAAGGUCAAGGAGAUGCUUGGAAACACCGUGAUGAAGUGCUUCAAGCGCGCUAAGGAGAAACAGCAAGCAGAGGGCUACAUCAAGCUUGAGCGUGGCUUUGCAAUCAUUUAUCUGCCUAGUAUUGAUGUGUUCUUCCAUUCUCCUUAUCUCUGGAAUGGCACCAUGCCUUUCCGUGCAUGCCUCUCGAAGAAGGCCAACCCAUCGCUUCUUAACCCUGACAUGCUUAUUGGAAAAUAUAUCCCGAAAUUGUUCGUCCAGCCAUUCAACAUUACGCAUGAGUACGCGCAGCUCAUCUAUUAUCAGGCAUCUUAG